CCUAAUGAUUUAUCAAACUCCUAUUAUCAAGAAAAUGUCACGCGAAGGGCACCUUGCUCUGCACUGACGCAAACUACUCCAAUCUUUCCCACGGAUCCGUAGAAAAACCUUUGCACUUGCUGCUUUGCGCGGCAAUAACCACUUCGGCUUCUAGUCCUCUCUUCCUCUUUUUUACAGCUGUUUUCUGCCCGAUAGCAGAGCUCUGCACAAAAUGAAUUUCUCUGAGCAGAGAGACAUGGCCAAGCAACCGACCGGCGCUCCUGCAGGCUACAUCCCAAUGCAGCAGCAAGAGGGAGCGGCGGGAUUUACAGCAAACAAACCGGACAACGCGGUGUCAUGUCAACCACACGCCCCUCACCAUCAACCCGCGUCCCAGCCGCCACCUCCGUGCAACGAGAGUAAAACUUUUUGUCCCACGGAAAAUAAACCGGGAGAACCGGACUCCAAUAAGGAGUAUGGGACGUUUAAAAGCACACCGGCGCCUCCUGUCCCCGGAUCAGUGGCCAUCAAUUCGGCCUUCAGGAAGGAUUCCUCCGGCGACCCGCUCCGGGCCACCGCGGUGCAAAACAACACCCCGGGCAACUGGACGGCUAUGAGCCAGACCACCAUCAUACUGGGAACAGACGGGAACACGUCUGUUCAGCCCGGGACUGUAACGGGGGCGGACGAUGAUGAUGAUGAUGAUGAGGGGGGAGAUGAGAAUAAGGCCAGAGGAAACUGGUCCAAUAAACUGGAUUUUAUUCUGUCCAUGGUUGGCUAUGCGGUGGGACUAGGAAAUGUGUGGAGGUUCCCUUAUCUUGCCUUCCGAAAUGGUGGAGGAGCUUUUUUGAUUCCCUAUCUGACAAUGCUGGGCAUAGCCGGGAUCCCAAUCUUUUUGCUGGAAGUGUCCCUGGGCCAGUUUGCCAGCCAGGGGCCUGUGUCAGUUUGGAAGUGCAUUCCGGCUCUUCAAGGUUGCGGGAUUGCCAUGUUGAUAAUAUCUGUCUUGAUAGCCAUAUACUAUAACAUUAUAAUGUGCUGGACAUUGUACUACCUGUUCGCUUCGUUGAAGGGCUCACUCCCAUGGGCUAACUGUAAGAAUGAGUGGAACACGCUGGAAUGUAAGGACAAAGACAUGCUGCUGUUAGACUCGUGCAUCCUGCGGGACAAAAACUCAAUUUCCAUCAAGAACUCCACUUUCUGUGUGUCUGCAAAUGCCAUGGGAAACCUGACAAAGCUGCUUAACAUGACAGUGGACAGCAACAAGACCUACGUCAGCCCUAGUGAGGAAUACUUCAAGUACAAUGUGUUGCAUAUUUCCAAAGGCAUCGAAUAUCCAGGAGACAUCCGCUGGGCUCUGGCAGGGUGCCUUUUCCUUGCCUGGCUCAUCGUCUACGCUUCGUUAGCCAAAGGGAUCAAGUCUUCAGGCAAAGUGGUUUAUUUCACAGCCACAUUUCCUUACGUGGUGCUGGUCAUCCUUCUGAUUAGAGGAGUCACCCUCCCUGGUGCCGCCGACGGCAUCCUUUACUUUAUCACACCAAAAUGGGAAAAACUCAAUGAUGCAAAGGUGUGGAAAGACGCUGCAACUCAGAUAUUCUUCUCUUUGUCGGCUGCCUGGGGAGGCCUGAUUACACUCUCCUCCUACAAUAAGUUUCACAAUAACUGCUACAGGGACACCAUUAUAGUGACGUGUACCAACAGUGCGACCAGUAUAUUUGCUGGAUUUGUCAUCUUCUCUGUCAUUGGUUUCAUGGCUCAGGAACUGAAGGUGCCAAUUGAGAAGGUAGCAGAUGAGGGUCCAGGCAUAGCCUUUGUGGUGUAUCCUGAGGCUCUGACCAGACUUCCCCUGUCUCCUUUCUGGGCAAUCAUAUUCUUCCUCAUGCUUCUGACUCUUGGACUUGAUACCAUGUUUGCCACCAUCGAGACUAUCGUAACAUCCGUGUCGGACGAAUACCCCAAAUACUUGAGGAAACAUAAACCACUCUUCACCCUGGUCUGCUGCCUCUCUUUUUUCAUCCUGGGCUUUCCUAUGAUAACAGAGAGCGGGAUGUACAUGCUCCAGUUGGUUGACACAUUUGCAGCCUCCUAUUCUUUGGUCAUCAUUGCCAUCUUUGAGCUGGUUGGGAUUUCCUACCUCUACGGUCUGCAGAGGUUCUGCGAGGACAUCGAAAUGAUGAUUGGUUUUCAACCAAACCGAUUCUGGAGACUGUGCUGGGCCUUUGUGACUCCGACAAUCCUGACGGGCAUCCUGGGUCUCAGUCUGUACCAGUGGAAAGGGAUGACAUAUGAGGACUACACCUACCCCACCUGGUCUAUGGUUCUGGGCUGGCUCAUGGUUAUUUGCUCAGUAAUCUGGAUCCCCAUCAUGUUUGCCAUUAAGAUGCACCUGGCCCCUGGCACCAUAGUUGAGCGCCUGAAGUUGGUCUGCUCCCCUCAGCCCGACUGGGGACCUUUCCUGAUGAAGCACCGUGGAAAUCGCUACAAGAACAUGACUGACCCAUUAGGAACCAGCUCCCUGGGUCUCAAACUGCCCCCAAAGGACUUCCAGCUUGGUUCCUAUCAGUAGCAGCUUUUCUGGCAGCAGCAUCUUCCAAUUUUUGCAGGGGACACUGGGAAUGGGGUAGAUGCCUGCUUCCAGGCUGUUUUCUCCUCCACAUCCUCUUCUUCCUCCUCUGUUUUCCUCCUGCUUUGUACUUCACUCUAUUUGCUUCCCCUCUUUAAAAUGGAAGUGGAAACAGGUUUUUCCACUUCUUUUACUUCUUCACCACUUCCUGUCUUGUCCUUGGGAGGGGUGGAUAUCCAAGUGCAGUUUGCUUUUCCUGCUGCUACUCAGUACUCAGUUAAUGGUCUAUCAUGGGCUCCCACACAUGACCACUGAUUACUCCACAGCCCCUUCCAGGGAACUCAUUCCAAGAGAAAGAUUGUGUCAUAAAAUGAUACAACUCAGACUGCACAUGCAAUAUUAGACUCACAAUAGCUGUUCCCUCCAGAAUUGUGUUUGCUUGUAUGUGUGUGUGGCAUUGCAUUUCUGUGUAGAGAAAAUGAAUCAUGUCAGUGGCAGCAGACAGAAAAACCAAAAGAAAAUUAAACUCCAGAAAAAAAAGAGGUUCAAUAAGCUUGGUGAGGAUCUUGGUUUUGGGUCCAUCUGUCUAUAGAAUUUCAUCUGAAACAUAAAUACUGUCUCGGAAAAAAUAAAAAUAAGACCCACUAUGCUUUGUUAUCAUGUUUCCAGCACUAUGUAUUUAUAGUCAUGCCAGCUACAGUUCUGUCGCUCUUGCUUUGUCAGAAAUAGAUUAUGAUAUCUGUAAUUUGUGCCUCCUAUGUCCCAGUAGAGUAGCGAAUGCGUCCUGAUUACCAGUUCUGCGUGUUACACUUUGGCCUUUACCAACUCAGCAUUGGAAUAGAAGCUUGGAUUCUCUUUGUCUCUGAACCCAAGGGACAGAAUGUGAUACCUUAUCUCUCUGUUUCUUUACUAAGUUGUGUUUCAGCUGCUCUAUCUGUAAAUAUGCAGCGGCAAAAUGUUGAAAGUUAUCCGAAUAGCCAAGCCAUUUCAUUGGUGACUACAUGGCCAUUUAACCCUUUCAGGUUGACGAAGAUGACCUCAUAGUCACUCUAUGUGCAUAUAUUUUAAAUGUCUACUGAAUUAUGUAUGUGUUGUGACUUUGUCAAGCCAUAUAUAAAAAUCUUAUUUGCAAUGUACAUUACAUAAGUAAAGUAACUAUAUCCAAUAUAUAAAUAUAUAUGCAUAAACAUUAUUUAUAUCGAUACAUCUAUAUCUAUCUUGCUCUAUCUCUCUCUAUACAUAUACAUAUAUACACAUACAUACAUAUAUAUAUAUACACACACACCACAACACACAUGCAUACAUAUACACACACACACACACACACACAUGCAUAUACACACACACACACACACAUAUAUUUAUAUAUAAAUAUAAAACCUCCAGAGGAGGACAUAGCAAACAAGACAGAGAUCAAGAGUGUUUGUGUGUGUAAAUGUCCUCUAAUGUUACUCUUGCUAAGACGUAAUGUUUUUUACAAAGUGCAAUCCUCAUGAAAAAACUAUCCCACACUAUCUGCAUGUGUGUGUCAAAUCUUCACUGGAGGAGCAACUGCUACCUGCAAGCAAAUUCAAAUUUAGACUAGAAAACUGCCUUGCUCCCUCAUGGAAGUUCACUUUGUCCCUUGUUUGUGGUAGAUUAUUGGAGACCUUGUUGUCAUUUCUGAAAUCUUGCCUCUCUGUGUGUCCUCGUUGAAACAGGGUCUCAGGUAUACUUGUCAGACUACUGUGGUAGCUUCAGGAAAAAUGGCAUCGGGCGAAUAGAAAAGUAGAGCCUCUUUUGUGUUUAAUCACAAUGACCACCAAGUUGAAAAAGAUUUUUAUCAAAAUUACUUUCUCGGAGAACCUCCAUGAAGCCCACGUUUUGCUCACCUAUGCCUAAAUGCACCUUGCUUUGACUCUCAAGUGUGAUGAGUGACUCAUUCCACUUUGAACAGCUGCGUGCAAGGAGUUCUUAUGCUGGUGUGCUCCUAAAAGAACAGUUAAAAUAGUGUACUGCACGGCAUAUUUGAUUUGUAAACAGUGAAAGGCUUUUAGCAGCUUUCAGAACCUGUCACAGUCUCACUGUGGUCCAUCAGAAUCAGACACAUUAGUGAAAUUUAGCACUAGUUCCUUUCAGUUAUGAUAUACUGACAUCAUCCUCAUAACUGAGCUGCUGUAAAUGUGUUUCUGUGGGUUUAACAAAUUGAAAGAGUGCAAGUCUACAGGUGAUCGGACUUGAAAUGUCACGACAGGCCACUAAUGGGGGCUGCCAACUUAUUAACUUAACAGAAACACUAUGUACCCACCUAGAAGCAGUUAGUGGAUUUUACUCUUGACCAGCUGGUUUCAUCUUUUUGAGCUUAAGCAGAGUUCUGAUUGGUGUAAGAUGCUUUUAUCACUGCAGGCUUUCAAUUGUGGAGUGUUUUGUAGCGGAGGAUGAAAAAGCAAUUGCUAAAAGUUUAAGGCUUUUAUUCCUACUUCUCUAAGCCAUGUCUUUUUAUGACCUUGACACGAAAAUAGCACAGAUACUAAGUCAGAGGUUGUUUGAAAACAAAACAUAUUCAGUUAAUAAUGAGCACAAAUAUACUGAUGUUAAACAGCUUGCUCGCUGAACUGUGUUCCUUUUACUACGUCGUGCAUUUAGCUCUAUUUGUGAUUAAAAAAAAUGUAUGUCUGUUUUUGGCUUGCGUGUGUGUGUGUGUGUGUGUGUGUGUGUGUGUGUGUGUUUGUCUCUGUAUGUUUAAUCAAUCUCCACUUAGCUAUCAAUCAAAUGUUUGCAUGACUGAUAGAUUGUAGAAAUAAGCAGGGAGGAUUUACAAGCAGUUCCUAGAAUUCCUCUCCCUGACUAUGAGAGAAUCUUUAUGGACUAGUGGUCCAAACUUCAGUAAUUAUGUAAUGCUAACUUUAAACCCAAAUCUGCUCCAAAAAUACUCCAAUGGCCUCUCUAUUAAUCAGAGAUUAAAAACUGGAGUGCAAUUUCAUAGCAUAUGUUCUAUGGAGAAGGCAUUUAGUUUAUUCCUGCAAGGCUUUAAAUAUAGAUAAAUCCUUUAUAUCCAAAAUCAUUUAAUAACUUUAUUCACAGGUGACAUCUAUACAUUUACAUUUUAUGUCCCUGUGUUACCAUUGUAUAGGGAUUCUUUGCCUAUGGUCGGGAAGAAAAAUAAAAUCCACUUAGGGUUUCGUUUCAACCACAUAUAUUUGUAAAAUAUAUCAAAUGAAGAGCUUGCAUGUGCAGUUUAUGUUGCUAUACCUUAAUGUCCAUGUGUAGUUAUCGGUUUUCUCCUCACAGUAUAAGUCUGUGCAUGUUUACUUUAGGGAACCUUUAGUUGAACAGAGACACAAAACGGAAGGGUUGAGAAGAGAAAAGAGAAAAAAUAUAUAUAUCAGCUAAAGAAAACUCUUGGCCUGUGAGUCACCUUUGGGCAGUGUAAGUAACCAAAUAAUGAGUACUUUAUGUGAGAUUGUAGUUGAAAUAGAACAUAAAAAUUUUAAAAAGGAAUGUGUCAUCUGCGUAUAGGAAGUUGAGAUACUGCCAUCCAUUUAACAUGUAGUUGUUCUUUGAUGUUUGCCAAUAUGUUACAGCGCAUCUUCAGGUAACCAUUGGCCUUAUAGAUGUUCUAGAAAAAGUAGAAUUAUUAUAUGUACUUAAAAUUACCACUACAGCAUAGCCGUCUGUCUCAUAAGGUACCAGUAUUUCUAUUGUUAUGUCUGUUGUGUCUUUUCGGCACUUUAUUGUGUGACCUAUGAGUGCAUAGGUUAAAUUUCUAAUUACUUGAGUAAUGUCAUAUAUUUCUGUGUGUCCUAUGUGAGGCACUGCUGCCUAUGGAUAUAGAUAUGUGCCUCCAACAGCCCAUGACAUUUAUUUAAUUUAAAAAUUGAGAAUAGAUAUAUAAUAAAACUAUGUUUUAAAAUGUGUGUGAUGUGUAAAAAACAGAAGAUAUAUAUCAUAAAUGUGAAAUGCAUCUAUUUAUUUUCAUCAUCAAUUAUUGAGGCUCUACCUCAGAUUUUGUAUUUAAGUAUAGAAAUGCAAUUGGAUUAUAGUAUCUUUGCCAAUAAUAAUAUAUCGCUGAUAAAUCAUAAAAUGUAUAAUGUAUGAAUCAAUAAAUAAAUGUUAUUGUUUUUC